GGGGCUUUGCUGCCUUCUCCUGCCGGCCCUAGUAACGUCUGUUUUUUUUCUUUUGCAGGCCUAUACAAUUCAGGGACAAUACGCUAUUCCACACCCGGAUCUCUCCAGACCCUGAUCCUCACGGGAGGAACACCUUCACCGCUUGACCGGAGCGCCGCAGCGGAUGUGGUGCCAGUGGCUGAUGCUUGAGCCCCCGCCGAAGAUGCUGCCGGCUUCCCGUGAACUUCUCCCUUUCCUCCGUGGCAUCCUUUGGGCCAGCUGCCCGAAGCCUCCUGCCCAUGGCAGUCCCUGUUCCCUCAGCUGUGGUACGGGGCAGCAGCGGGACCGGGGGGCUUGAGCAGCAGCUCGCAGGAGGACAGCGGCUUGCAGCUAGCGUGCAGCAGUGCCUGCUUCUGCAAGCAAGCAUUUCCUCAUUGCCCCCUUCUGCGCUUCUUCAUCACCCCUCGCUCCCCUGCCGCUUUGCAAUGUAUUUUGUGGCUUAACUGUGUAAUUGCAAUAAAGCUUUUGUUGCUUGAGGUACCCUCUAUGGUUAGCUGGAGGGGGUUGGUGUGACACUGAAAAGGGGGUCCCCAGAGGGUGCACACGCUGCUCAGCUGGCACAGCCGUGGCAUGGGUGGUGGGUUAUCCACAGAGAGGGUAGUAGGAUGCUGCAGGGGGGUGGGGGGUGGAGGUUGGAGACAGGGCAGCAGCACAGGAGCCUCUGUCCCCCCAGAAGGGUUAAUGGGUAAACUCAGCCUUUGCAGCCUGUGAAGCAAACCACGACUAGCUGGAAAAAGGGCCUCAAAGCCCUGGCUCCGCUCAGCAUCAGGAAAUAAUCCCAUGCGGGAGCCAGGAGGGGAGGGGGAGUGGGAUGAGGGGAGCACUGUGAAGAAAAUCCAGAGCUUUCCCUGAAGGCGGCAACGGCCAGGAUUCAUUAUCCGUCAGGAGACGUGUUUAUAGCAAGUGUGAGUCACUGUUGGGCCCUGGAUGGGAGCAGCCUACAGCGGGGGCUGCCAGCGGUUCAGAUGGGGUAUGGGCUGCCCAUCCAGCCCCACACAAUGGCAACUCUCAAGGUCUCCCCCCGCCCAAGCAACCAUGUGCCAGCCCCAGACCUUGGAGCAGACCCAGUGCUAUUUUGGACCACUUUGGGGCAUGUGUUUCCUCUGGGAUGCUUCACUUUUUUUCACUUUCACUCAAGAAGUGAUGCCAGAGUACUGCCCCUCCCUGCCACACAGCCAGCCCUGGCAGUACCCCUCCACCCAUGCCCACCCGUGCCCAUGCCAGCCUCAAGCCCAGGGUAUCACCCCGUGAUGAUCAGCAGCAGAGCGGCUGGCUUCACCCCCGACACUGCACAUUGCCCUGAUGCAGCGGGGCUCUCCAUCCCUAGCCGGUCCAGCCCCAGGGCUGAAACACAACUAGGCAGCCAGGAGAAACCAGCACUGCCUGCCCGGACUUCUGUCCCCUGGGGAAAUAAAGGCAAAAAUGCCCAUUUUGACCUUUUUCUCCAUUUGGAGUUGUAUUUUCCACAAUGCACGUCACCCCUGCUCCCACCUGGCCCUGCAAAGGGGCUGUGGGUAGGUGACAGUCCCUCUGGGUUUCGGCAGCUGGCCAAGCCCCCGUUUUGCUGCGGGAGCCUGUUGGUCACCCCUGCUAAACCUGCUCCACUGGGAGCCAAGUCUGUAUGGGCUCUGGUGCUUGGCCCAAGUGCCUCUGAGUGGGAAGUCAUCUUCCCCUUGCCUAUGCCAUCCCUGGCACCCCCUUCACUGGGCGCCCAGCCCCACGGCCGAUCGCACUGGCCCUGUACGGAAGUGUCAGCCUGUGGCACCGUCUGGGGAGGUCUCAGUCAGCUCGUAGGUAGCAUUAUGGGCCCACAGGCAAAGAAUGUGCUCAUUCCCACCCCAUCCCAGCAUCUGUACCCCAGAGCAUCCCCAGAAGGAAAACCCUUGCCAGCUUGCAGAAAUUCAGGGAGCUUCUGUAGUUAAAAGUCAGCUGGCGCCAUCCUUAAAAGCAUGCUGUUAUCUUGCCUGACACAGGAAUUUGCCUAGAAAAAAUCACUUUGCUCCUGCUUUCCUUCACAAAUCUAUUUUAGAUGAGGUGACACAGCAAAGGCAACACUUGCCAGGGACUGAAGAUGCACACUGCUACCCAUGCUGGCUCCCAUGGUGUGUUGAUGCCCGGGGUGCCAGCUGCCAGCCCAGUUUGGUGCCUGGCUCAGGCAAGCCACAGUCACCCACAACACGCAGCUCCAGGCCUGGCACAAAUUUUAACUAAACCCCAGGUUUUCUGGGUUUCUCCUCCCCCAGCAGCUGAUCACAUGCUUUGACUUAGAGAAAAACUCAUGUCCCAUUGCUCAGAGCAGCAGUGCUGUGGAGACCCUCCCAAAACAGGGUGUCACCUACUGAGACCAAUGCUGCAGGGAACAUGGGCCAGCCUGGCUCAGGGCUGCUUUCCCACAUCCCCACAAGCCACAGGCCAUCUAUGAGCAGCUUGCAUGGCCACACACCCUUGUGCAGUGCUGGGAGAUACUGCCAGAGCAGCCCCAGGGAAGAAGCCAGUGGAGCUGUGAGUGCAAACACCUGGGACUCAGCCCCAAAUACUCCUGCCCACCCACAGGGCUUGAAUCCCUGUCCAGGCUGGAGAGGUGAGAUGUGGAAGGAUGUUAACCACUCACAUCCUUCACCUGUGUGUGCUGGCUUUUCCUCUGCAGGAUGCAUCAGCUGAAACACAAAGCAUCUGUGCUCCUGUGAAGGCAUUAAGUGAUUCAGAUGCCCCACAUUGCUUCCUAUUGCCUCCAGUCCUCUGCUGCACAGCAGCUGGCUGCAGCACUCUGUGGCUUUCUCCUGAGAGGGGUAAGUGUUUGGAGGUUUGAAACAGCCUGUUUACCUUUGGCUGCUCCUCUAAAAAAAAAAGCAGUGGAAGAGAUUCUUAUCUCGAUGACCUGCUGGGAUUUCCCUUGCUUUGGCUUGUGCUGGAGACCUCUGGUCUGCUGCCUUCUCUGUAACCCCUGUUUCUACUCCAGGAUGGAGCAGCUCAGACUUUCCUUGUGUGCUCUGUACUCUGGUCUCCUGGCCAGCCUGGUAUCUUUAAAAGAUGGCUGCUCCUGCCCCUUUGCAAGGGGGUCAUGCUAGAGCUCUCCUUGCAGGGUGCAUGUUUGCAGGACCAAGGACCAAAAGCGCUGCCCCUCCUCAGCGGUGCCCCUGAAGGACAGCUGCCCUCCUAGCUUCCCUUCCAGCUCAGCAUUGUCUGUGCUCUCUCAGCCACAAAUAAGCAUGGAGCAGGAGAAAUAGUUUUGAGGACGACAAAAUGGCUGGAUGGUUUACAUUUGCUCUUAAUUGUCUGCAAAAGAUCCGAGGAGGAUGUUUGGCUCUGCUUGGAGUGGGCUGGGAAGGCGUCCUUGCCAGGAAGGGUAGCUGAGUUGUUUUAUGCUUCUAGGAAAAGGCUGCAGGCUGGGUCUGGCUCUGGUGUAAAAAGAGCUCAGCUGUAAGCCUUGCUGCAUCCUAGGGCUGCUCUCAAAGGCCAUAACCACCCCAGAAGCUGUGAUGGCUGCUGGAGUGGUAUGAAAAAAAAAAAAAAAGGCAUAAAAGGUGCAUGCUGAAAAAAAAAAAUAGACAGCAGAAACAGUCUGGGAAUGAGCUAACAGGGACCUCAGGGAGUUUGCAAGACCUGCAAGUUCCUGGGCUGGGGUGGCUCGUCCACCUGGAAAAGCAUGGAAAGGGGUCAGGCUGCAAAGCCAGCUGAGGUACGUUAUCUGGAGGGUACCCAAGAAGCAAGAUAGACUUCUGUGCUUCCUAGGGCUUUCAGGCUUGCUGACUACACUGAGGGAGAAUGAAAGCAUGUUCAGGGGAGUGGAGGGUGUGGGAGAGCAGAGGGAAGGGAAAUGAAAGCAAUUAGGGGUGGUCUUUUGGCUCUGCAGAAGAGAUGAGCUGUGCUGUAGCACCACUGCAACUUGAAAGACAAGACAAGCUGGUAGGGAACGGGCGAGAGGUGAAAGGAAAAACACAGCACCGUGUGGGCAUCGUGGGUUUUGCUGUGUGGCUUCAGGAGCAGAUGGGCACUGCUGCCAGCCUUGUGCCGCCCCUGCCACCCGAGGCUUGCUGGGACCAGUCCUCAGCACUGUUGUGCACCAACAGAUGUGGAGAGGGGGGCCUUAGAAGUGGUGCUGUAACCCAUGGCAGGGAAAAAACAGGUUUUCUACCCUGCUAGCUCAUCUUUUUGCAGUUUGUGAUGCAAGCUGGCCCAGCUGCUGCAAACCGCAGGGUAGGGGGAGCCCUGUGCCACCCCCCAGUGUGGGACUGGGUGGUAGCUAGCGCUUCCAGUCCCCCCAGCUGGAGCCAGGGCUGUGCCUGGCGGCUGCUCGGCUGUUCCUCGAGCGCCUGGUGCCUCCCUUCCCCAGGAAGAUGUGCCCAGCCUGGAGAGCACGCUUCACUCCUUGGGAAUUGCCCAAGUGACGCGUUUUAUUGCAGAGAAGUGGAAAAUAUUCUCCGCCCAACUGCUGGAGGGGUUAGCGUGUGUUUUUCCACCCGGUUUUCAUGCCGUGCCUGCUGGAUGUGCUCCAUGAGAGGCUGCAUGGGGGAGGUGGUUGCUCUCUCCCCUGUUCUGACAGCGGUGUCCCCAGGGUUGGGGUGGCAUGUCCUGGGCUGUGCUGACACCACGUCGGCUGGCUGGGGCAAGAAUGGUUGCCUGCCAGGAGCUAAGGAGUAACAGCCCUCAGACAUCCACCUUCAGUUUUUCUUCUCUAGCUUUUCAGAAAACCAGACACCCACACCUCGGUGUUGGUUUCUCCAAGAACAGGAGGACGGUGCAGGUGUUGCCCGUCUUUCCAUUUUGGGCCAGUUUUAUCCCCAAAUUGUGAUGCUCCCAAGCCCCCAAAGCCUACACUUCAGGCCAUUUCUGUUUUCUGAGUGUAAAGUGUACCUUUUCCCUGGAGAAAAUUUAAAAAUGAGACUUGAAAGUGAGCUUUUCUUUGCUCUCCUUCAAGACUCCGCUGCGGGGCAGGGGAAGAGAGGGUGAGUUUCACCAGGGGAGUGUGGGGAGGCCCUUCCUGGUAUCCCGAAAGCGUGACGUCCUGGCAUCCCACGGGAGCCCUGCGAGGAGAGGAUCCCGGCGAACCCUGGGAAGGGGGGCAGAAGAAGGAGCCUGAAAUCGUUAUCUCCUCUCCUCAAGCUCCCACGCUGCAUCCGCAACCUCCCCUCUCACUCGACCCUCUCAUCUUUCCUAAGAAGCUGAGCCAGCUUUCCCACAGACGCAGACAGCUAUUAGAGAAAUAUUAUUACCAGAUGGUUUGUUUUUUCCAUAGGACCAGAGGCCGGCGUGAGGUAACAGGGAAAAUAUUAACCCACCCCACGCCAGGCUGGGUGCGGGGCUGUGGCUUUGCUGGUGGUGCUGUGCCACGUCCCAGCUGUGCCGGCGUGCAAGGGGUCUGCAGAGGAGGGUGGCGGGGGGGCACUUGCACCCCGCGCCGCUGGACCGGCGGGGUGGCAGGGAGAGCUUGGGAAGGCUUUGAUGAGGAAGGGAAAAACGUGUCCCCAAAUGGUGCUGGAAGGGAGGGAAGGGUCCCCCCAGGCCAGCUCGAUCUGGUAGGAGCAAAGCCCAGCUGGCAAACUGCACAGUGGGGAAGUUCAUGCCGGGUCAGAUGAGCCAGAGAUUCAAGCAGGGAAGAAGCGCCACGUCCUGGCUGUCCUGCCUCUUGCAGGGUGGAUGUGGGCACCAGGCAGAGGAAAAGUGCCAAGCCACUUUGACUAGGGAUGUCAAGGGAUUUGGAAGGCACUGCAUGCCGUGGGUUGGCUCUUCCACUGGGUCUUUUUGCAGGUGGGUGGGUGAGUGUGAGACCCUCCUCUCAUGGUGCUGAGCCUGCUCGGUGCCCGUGACAGGGUGCUGGCAAGGCACCACCUGCCUAUGCUGGGAGAGCAGCUGCUGCUGUGCUGGGAGAGGUGAUGCUUUCCUGCGUGGAGGGGUUGCUUUGUUGCCUCCUCCUGCAGAGAUCUGUUGUGGGAAGAUAAAUUACCAUGUGCAGAAACACCACAAGCCGCACGUUUUCCAGUGGGGUUUGUGGUUGGCACAGUGCUCAGCUCGGACCACGGCUGCUCCCGUUGUGGAGCUCUGAGCAUGGAGAUGGAGCGGCCAGUGGGGAUGCAGCUGAGCCAUGGGCAGGCUGGGUCAUGCACCCUGGGGGGCUGGGGUCCUACAGCCAGCCUGGGGAGGUGCAGCCCGUGGUAACAAGAGCCCAUGGAAACCUCUCCUAACAAAUGCCUUUGCUGCCCCAAAAGCUUAGCAAGUCUUGGGUGCUUAUGACCCCAGGAGUGGGGAGAAGGUGACACAGCCAGCUAGCAGGAUGCUGGUGUGCUUCAUGUGGUUGCAAUCAGGGAAAUUUCAGUGCUUGUUAAUUAUGGCAUCUUGCAGAACUGUGUGAGAGGACAAAGUAGCCCCAGCUGUGGAAGAUGGAGCUGGAAACCUGGCACUCAGUCCUUCCCUGCUUUUCAAAGCACCCUUUGGUUAUGAGUAUGCUGAUGGGUUCAGUCCUGGCUUUUCCCAGGGGAAUUCUUGUCAGCUCAUUUCCUAUGGAAGGAGCAUGUUCCACUUUCCAUUUUUAAGUGGACUUGAUUAAAGAGAAGGAACGGUUGUAUGAAAGAGUUAAUAGUAGAAAAAUGGAGUAAAGUCAUUCUCUUAUCAAAGUCUGGGAGAAGAAAAUACAAAAAACCUGUCCCAAGUGCACUUUUUUUUUCUUCUGCACCCCAGUUUGGUCUGGAAUUGGACUAAAAGUUUAUUGCUGGCUGUGCAAUGCAGUGCUGUGGGCUGGGACUCGGGAUGGGGAGCGCUCAUCCCCCGGGGAGUACAGGCACCAUGGAGGAGCUCCCCUUGCCCAUCUGCAUGGCACUCUGGAGGGAUACUGGUAGGUGGAAGGGGUCCUCUGCUCCUGGGGGACCCAGUGUGGCAGAGCCAUAGGGAUCAGCUUCCCUGGCUUCAUCUGAAGAAGAAAGGAAAGGGAACAUCCUUCACAGGCAUGUACUCUUAAGUUUUGGGAAAUAACGGCAUGCUGCUAGGGCCAAUGAUUGCAACACCCCUGGGGUCAGCCUGCAAACCGCUCCCAGCUAUCAGCUGGAUUUCUGGGGGGGAAAAAAAAAAAAAAAGCCCACUUUUUUCCCAAGGACAUGGCCUUCCAAUGCCCUGGGGACGGUGCUGGCUGCUGGCCCCAGUUUAGCACCACAGACCUGGAAAAGGCAAUGUUUUAAAAUGCUUUUGAAGCUGGACAGGGAUUCAAGCCUGCAGUCUGGCUGGACCGCAGAGAGGACGAGCCUGGGACAUCGUGCCUGAUAGCAGCCCCUGGGGCUCGUGGCUGGGUGCUGGGCAGGGAGCGGGGUCCCCGGUGGGGUGGGGGGAGCCCUGCCUUGCCGACUCCCCAUGCUGGGGUGCACGGGGUCAGACAGGACGCAGCUGUGCAGAGCCAUAUACGGUCAGCAGGCGCCUUGCACAAGCCAUACCAUCGUCAUUAAGUCUUUGCUGGCACGGCCGACCGGCCUCCAGCUCAUAAGGCUCUGCGGAGCGGCCGGGCUGCUCCCGGGAUGGAUGUGCUUUUCCCUUCCUGUAAGGAGCAGAGGGGAUUGGCUUUUCUGCUGUUUGGGGUAAUUCCCUGGGAGGAAAGGGGAAAGAGGAAGAGAUAAAGCAAAGAGGAAACAUCUCUGGUGUGCAAACUCACAGGACUUUUCUGCUGAGCUGAUGCAUGAAGACAGGUCCUUUCCCAGCGCUCCUCUCCCUGGGAGCCUCUAGCUGGUUUUCAAAAUCCCAGGUGAGCUCCCUCAUGGGAGCCCUGAGGAAGCAUGCUGGAGAGCCAAGGCAGAUCUGAUCCCCCGUGAACUGUCACGCGACAGGAUUUGUCCCUGGGCACACUUGCUCUCUUGGUGAGCAUCUUUAGUCAGUUUGAGACGCCUUGGAAAUUUGCUUCUCUGUGUCCUUGUCUCCUGGUGCCACGCGCACAGCUCUGUGAAGCCCACCCACCUCUGCACUUGGCCAGUUAUUUAUACCAGCCAGGUUCAUGCUGGUACUAAAGCUUUUCAGCUAGGGGAGAAGCGCUUGCUUCAGAACAACACACGCCUGGCUCUUUUGGGGCUGGGGUGUCUCUUCCUGCUCCCAACACACACAGUUUUGUUUCACAUUUUGGUGUCACUUCCCAGUGCUGCCCUUCCAAGGAGGAGCCCUGUUUGUCUGGCUGCCCCUCAGCCAAAACACAUGGCACCCUGAGGCUCUCCAAAGUCCUAGAGAAGCUGUGGGGACAGAGUGCAGGGGUGCCCAGCAGCAGUCUUGCCCUUCAUUGAGACCACCAGUUCCUCAUCUUUCCUUGGUUUUAACAUCAGCUUCCACAGAUACACUUUGAUUUGUGUUUGCAUGAGAAACAGCACUUGUUGUGCUGUUGGGUUUAUGAGGUUU